AUGUCGGGCUAUCAACAAGGCUCCGGCUACCAACAAGGCCAUUACGAUGAUGGCUAUGACCAGCCUCAUGGUCAAGGGGGAGAUGCCUACUAUCAGGAUGACCACAACCAAGGUUAUUAUGACAAUCAUGACUACGGGGAUGGCUACUAUGAUAACAGAAGCGGUGGCGGCGGCAACGGCUAUAAUACCUAUACCGAUAACAACGGUGCUGCCUACCCACAAGAUGGCGGCUACUACGAUUCCGGUCAUCACGAUGACUACUAUGGUGACCAGUAUUAUGAUCAAGGAAACGGCCAAGGUUAUGGCAGGGGAAGACGUGGCCGGGACUCUGAGGAGGAAUCCGAGACUUUCAGUGACUUUACCAUGAGAUCCGAAACCGCUCGUGCUGCAGACAUGGAUUACUAUGGACGUGGAGACGAACGGUACAACAGCUACACUGAUAGCCAGUACGGACGCGGCUACGGUUAUCGCCCCCCUUCGUCACAGGUAUCAUAUGGCGGCAAUCGAUCCUCUGGAGCCUCAACACCAGUGUACGGCAUGGACUACGGAAAUGCUCUCCCUGCUGGCCAGCGAUCCCGCGAGCCAUUUCCGGCUUGGGCAUCUGAUGGUCAGGUUCCUGUGUCCAAGGAAGAGAUUGAAGACAUUUUCAUUGACCUGGUGAAUAAGUUUGGCUUUCAACGGGACAGCAUGCGCAACAUGUACGACCAUCUGAUGACACAGCUGGAUUCUCGUGCCUCCCGAAUGACUCCAAACCAGGCUCUUCUGUCCUUGCAUGCGGAUUAUAUCGGCGGCGACAAUGCCAACUAUCGCCGCUGGUAUUUUGCCGCUCAUCUGGACCUUGACGAUGCCGUUGGCUUCGCCAACAUGAAGCUGGGCGAAGGUGAUCGGAAGACCCGCAAGGCACGCAAGGCCGCGAAGAAGAAGGCGACCGAAAACCCUGAAGAUGUCGAGGGUAACCUUGAAGCUUUGGAAGGCGACAACAGCUUGGAAGCCGCCGAAUACAGGUGGAAGACACGGAUGAACCGGAUAUCACAACAUGAGAGGGUGCGCCAACUCGCUCUAUACCUCUUGUGUUGGGGUGAGGCAAACCAAGUUCGUUUCCUGCCAGAAUGUCUCUGCUUCAUCUUCAAAUGCGCAGACGACUACUACAACUCCCCAGAAUGCCAGAACCGGGUUGAGCCUGUUGAGGAAUUUACCUAUCUCAACGAGAUCAUUACCCCGCUCUAUCAAUACUGCCGCGAUCAAGGUUAUGAGAUUCUCGAUGGCAAGUAUGUCCGCCGUGAGCGUGAUCAUAAUCAAAUUAUCGGUUAUGAUGAUAUGAACCAGCUUUUCUGGUACCCGGAAGGUAUCGAGCGUAUCGUCCUGGAGGACAAGACUCGACUCGUCGACGUCCCUCCCGCCGAGAGAUGGGUCAAACUCAAGGAAGUCAACUGGAAGAAGGUGUUCUUCAAGACAUACAAGGAAACUCGUUCAUGGUUCCAUCUGAUCACAAAUUUCAACCGUAUCUGGGUCAUUCACUUGGGUGCUUUCUGGUUCUUCACCGCAUACAACGCCCCUACCCUCUACACACCAAACUACCAGCAGCAGUUAAACAACAAACCCCCGGGAUCAAGGUAUUGGUCUGCAGUUGGUUUUGGUGGUGCUAUCGUCUCUUUCAUCCAGAUCCUCGCAACGUUAGCUGAAUGGUUGUAUGUGCCUCGUCGCUGGGCAGGUGCUCAACAUCUUACCAAGCGAUUGCUAUUCCUCAUCCUGGUCUUCGUCGUCAACCUCGCUCCCGGUGUUUUCGUCUUCGGAUUCUCCGACGGCAUUGACAACAAGAUCUUACUCGCUGUAGGCAUCGUCCACUUUUUCAUUGCACUUGCGACGUUCUUCUUCUUCUCUGUCAUGCCACUUGGUGGUCUAUUUGGCAGCUAUCUGAAGAAGCACGGUCGACAGUAUGUUGCCAGUCAAACGUUCACUGCCAGCUACCCGAAGCUGAAAGGAAACGAUAUGUGGAUGUCCUACGGUCUUUGGGUCUGUGUCUUUGGUGCGAAAUUGGCCGAAUCAUACUUCUUCUUGACCUUGUCCAUCAAAGAUCCCAUCCGGUACCUAUCGCCAUACACUAUCCACCAGUGUGCCGGUGUGACGUAUAUUCCGGACGUCCUGUGCAAGCACCAGCCUCAGAUCCUUCUUGGCCUUAUGUUCUUCAUGGAUUUGACACUGUUCUUCCUCGACAGCUAUCUCUGGUACAUUAUUUGCAACACCAUCUUCUCCGUUGCACGCUCUUUCUACUUGGGUGUGUCCAUUUGGUCUCCCUGGCGAAACAUCUUCUCGCGUCUUCCGAAGCGUAUCUACUCGAAAGUUCUUGCCACCACGGACAUGGAAAUCAAGUACAAGCCCAAGGUCCUGAUCUCGCAGGUUUGGAACGCUAUCAUCAUCUCGAUGUACAGAGAACACCUCCUUGCUAUUGAUCACGUUCAGAAGCUUCUCUACCACCAAGUCCCAUCCGAACAAGAAGGCAAGCGAACUCUUCGCGCACCUACGUUCUUUGUCUCGCAGGAAGAUCAGUCCUUCAAGACGGAGUUCUUCCCAUCCGGUAGUGAAGCAGAGCGCCGUAUCUCCUUCUUUGCCCAGUCGCUCUCCACCCCUAUGCCCGAGCCUCUGCCCGUUGACAACAUGCCAACUUUCACGGUCCUGAUUCCCCAUUACAGUGAAAAGAUCCUUCUCUCGCUGCGUGAGAUUAUCCGUGAGGAUGAGCCUUAUUCCCGUGUCACUCUCCUGGAAUACUUGAAGCAGCUCCACCCUCAUGAGUGGGAUUGCUUUGUCAAGGAUACCAAGAUUCUGGCAGAUGAGACCUCUCAAUUUAAUGGAGAACCCGACAAGAACGAGAAAGACGCUGCAAAGAGCAAGAUUGAUGAUUUGCCGUUUUAUUGUAUUGGGUUCAAAUCGGCUGCCCCUGAGUACACCCUUCGCACCCGCAUUUGGUCCUCCCUGCGCUCUCAGACCCUUUACAGAACUGUUUCCGGGUUCAUGAACUACAGCAGGGCCAUCAAGCUGUUGUAUCGCGUGGAAAACCCCGAAGUCGUCCAAAUGUUCGGCGGAAACUCUGAAAAGCUGGAACGUGAACUAGAGAGAAUGGCCCGCCGCAAGUUCAAGAUCUGUGUUUCCAUGCAACGUUACGCAAAGUUUACCAAGGAGGAACGUGAAAACACCGAGUUCCUUCUCCGUGCUUAUCCGGACCUUCAAAUCGCGUAUCUUGACGAAGAGCCCCCAGCAAAUGAGGGUGAGGAACCCCGCCUCUAUUCUGCUCUUAUUGAUGGGCACUGCGAGCUCCUCGAGAACGGCAUGCGAAAGCCUAAGUUUAGGGUUCAGCUCUCUGGCAACCCCAUUCUCGGAGACGGCAAGUCUGAUAACCAGAACCAUUCGAUCAUCUUCUACCGUGGCGAGUACAUUCAGGUCAUUGAUGCCAACCAAGAUAACUAUCUUGAAGAGUGCUUGAAGAUCCGCAGCGUUCUCGCUGAAUUUGAGGAGCUGACGACGGACAAUGUUUCGCCAUACACUCCUGGAAUACCGGCCUCAAAGGAGGCGCCUGUUGCCAUUCUCGGUGCCCGCGAGUACAUUUUCUCUGAGAAUAUCGGUAUUCUUGGUGACGUUGCCGCCGGUAAAGAACAGACAUUCGGUACACUAUUCGCUCGUACUCUGGCUCAGAUUGGUGGAAAAUUGCACUAUGGUCACCCUGAUUUCCUCAAUGGUAUCUUCAUGACGACUCGAGGUGGUAUUUCAAAAGCCCAGAAGGGUCUGCAUUUGAACGAGGAUAUCUACGCUGGUAUGAAUGCUAUGAUCCGUGGCGGUCGCAUCAAGCACUGCGAGUACUUCCAAUGUGGUAAAGGUCGUGAUCUUGGAUUUGGCUCCAUUCUCAACUUCACGACCAAGAUCGGUACUGGAAUGGGUGAACAGAUGCUGUCAAGAGAGUACUAUUAUCUAGGCACCCAGCUGCCCCUUGACCGGUUCCUGUCCUUCUACUAUGCUCACCCUGGCUUCCACGUUAACAACAUGUUCAUCAUGUUGUCUGUGCAAAUGUUCAUGAUCGUUUUGAUCAAUUUGGGGGCUUUGAAGCAUGAGACCAUCAACUGCCACUACGACUCGGACUUGCCCAUCACUGAUCCACUCCGCCCAACAUACUGUGCACCUCUCACUCCAAUCGUCAACUGGGUCAACCGAUGUGUCAUUUCGAUCUUUAUCGUUUUCUUCAUCUCGUUUGUUCCAUUGGCUGUCCAAGAAUUGACCGAGAGAGGCCUUUGGCGCAUGGCUACCCGUCUGGCCAAGCACUUUGGCUCUUUCUCUUUCAUGUUCGAGGUGUUCACCUGCCAGAUCUACGCCAAUGCAGUUCACCAAAACCUUGCCUUCGGCGGAGCGCGGUACAUCGGAACUGGUCGUGGUUUUGCAACCGCUCGUAUCCCCUUUGGUGUCCUCUAUUCUCGAUUUGCGAGUCCAUCAAUUUACGCUGGCGCGCGCUUGCUGCUUAUGCUGCUUUUCUCCACCUCAACCGUCUGGACCGCAGCUCUGAUUUGGUUCUGGGUUUCGCUGCUCGCCCUCUGCAUUUCGCCCUUCCUCUUCAACCCUCACCAGUUUGCCUGGAACGACUUUUUCAUUGAUUACCGCGAUUACAUCCGCUGGCUUUCUCGCGGCAAUUCCCGCACCCAUGCAUCCUCGUGGAUUGGCUUCUGCCGCUUGUCUCGUACCCGCAUCACUGGUUACAAGCGUAAGCUUCUCGGUGUGCCCUCGGAGAAAGGAUCAGGCGAUGUCCCCAGAGCUCGGAUCACCAACAUUUUCUUCAGUGAAAUCAUUGCUCCUCUCGUUUUGGUUGCCGUGACUCUUGUUCCAUACCUCUACAUCAACUCUCGAACUGGAAUCCCGAAUGCCGAGCCAGCCAAUGCCAUAAUACGUAUUGCGGUCGUGGCAUUUGGACCUAUUGGUAUCAAUGCUGGUGUUGCUGGUGUAUUCUUUGGCAUGGCUUGCUGUAUGGGACCUUUGUUAAGCAUGUGCUGCAAGAAAUUCGGCGCCGUGCUGGCGGCUAUCGCUCACGCCAUCGCUGUUAUCGUUUUGCUGGCUAUCUUCGAAGUCAUGUUCUUCCUUGAGGGUUGGUCUUGGCCCCGAUGCGUGCUGGGCAUGAUCUCCGCUGCGACCAUUCAGCGUUUCAUCUACAAGCUUAUCAUCUCCCUCGCGCUUACUCGAGAGUUCAAGCAUGACCAGUCUAAUAUUGCUUGGUGGACAGGCAAGUGGUACAACAUGGGUUGGCAUUCCCUGUCACAACCGGGGCGUGAGUUCCUCUGCAAGAUCACGGAAUUGGGUUAUUUCGCUGCGGACUUCGUCAUUGGUCAUAUUCUGUUGUUCUUCAUGCUACCCGCGCUGUGCGUUCCGUACAUUGACAAGUUUCACUCUGUCAUCCUCUUCUGGCUUCGACCAAGUCGUCAAAUUCGCCCUCCGAUCUAUUCUCUGAAGCAGUCUAAGCUUCGAAAGAGAAGAGUGAUUCGCUUCGCCAUCUUGUACUUUGCAAUGCUCGUUCUAUUCCUGGUCUUGCUCAUCGCACCGCUUAUUGCCAGGAACGUGAUCGAUGAAGCCACGCUGCCCAAAAUUCCCUUGACGCUCCUUCAGCCGAUUGACUCAGACAACAACGACACCAUGAGCAGUUACACCGGCUCUGGUCUUGGGAAGGGUUUCGAGCCGGUUGCGUCUCCCCCCUGGUAG